AUGCUGGUCGAAUCCGCCAAUCGACUCAACAUCCAAGUCAACAUCCUCGAUGCGGAGAAUUCCCCGGCCAAGCAAAUCAGCGCCCACGAUGGCCAUGUGUCCGGCUCCUUUAAGGAACGCGAGGCUGUGAGGAAGCUGGCGAGGACCUGCGACGUCGUCACGGCCGAGAUCGAGCAUGUCGACACCUACGCCUUGGAGGAGAUUGCCUCGCAGGUCAGCAUCGAGCCUAGUUGGCAGGCCAUCCGCACAAUUCAGAACAAGUUCAACCAAAAGGAGCAUUUGUCUAAAUAUGACAUUCCCAUGGCAGAACAUCGCGAGCUGGUUCACAAUACACCCGAAGAGCUGGCGGCGGUGGGUGACCAGCUGGGGUUCCCUCUCAUGCUGAAGUCGAAGACCAUGGCCUAUGACGGACGAGGGAACUUCCGCGUCAAUUCCAAAGCAGACAUCCCCGAAGCCCUAGAAACUCUCAAGGACCGCCCGCUGUACGCCGAGAAAUGGGCAUAUUUCAAGAUGGAACUAGCCGUGAUGGUCGUGAAGACCAAGGAUGAGGUGUUAUCAUAUCCCACCGUCGAAACCGUCCAGGAGGACUCGGUCUGCAAGCUCGUGUACGCACCCGCCCGGAACGUCUCCGAAGCCAUCAACCAGAAAGCGCAGGAGCUCGCACGCAAGGCCGUGGCGGCCUUCGACGGCAAAGGAGUCUUCGGCGUCGAGAUGUUCCUCCUCGAGGACGACAGCCUUCUCCUAUGCGAGAUCGCCAGCCGCAUCCACAAUUCCGGCCACUACACCAUCGAAGCCUGCCCACUUUCUCAAUUUGAUACCCACCUCCGCGCCAUCCUUGACCUCCCCAUCCCUCCACAGAGCCUCGAAAUCCGUCAGCCGUCCAUCAUGCUGAACAUCAUCGGCGGUGCUGCCCCUGACACCCAUUUGAAAGCGGCCGAACACGCUCUCUCCAUCCCCAACUCCAGCAUCCACCUCUACAGCAAGGGCGCCGCCAAACCAGGCCGUAAAAUGGGCCAUGUGACCGUCACUGCGCCCACGAUGCACGAGGCCGAGACGCACAUCCAGCCCCUCAUCGACGUGGUCGACGAGAUCCGCGCUCAGCGCAGCGAUGUGAAGACGGCCCCGCAGAAAUCUGGCCCCUCCAAGCCCGCCCCCUCCGUGGCCGUGAUGAUGGGCUCUGACAGCGACCUCAAGACCCUAGUUCCAGGUCUCCAACUCCUCCGCAACCACUUCGGCAUCGAACCCGCCGUCGACAUCACCUCCGCCCACCGUACCCCAACCUUCAUGGCCGAGUAUUCGGCCCGCGCCGCCGCCCGCGGCAUCAAAGUCAUCAUCGCCGCGGCCGGUGGUGCCGCCCAUCUCCCCGGCAUGGCUGCCGCACAUACUGCUCUCCCUGUCAUCGGGGUUCCCGUCAAGGGCAGUUCCCUGGAUGGUGUAGACAGUCUCUACAGUAUCGUACAGAUGCCUCGAGGCGUCCCCGUCGCAACCGUCGGCAUCAAUAACAGCAUCAAUGCCGCACUCCUGGCCGCUCGCAUCCUCGGCUCCUUCGACCCCGCCAUCCAGCGCAAGGUGGAAGCGUAUGCCGAGAAAGCUCGCAUUGAGAAUCUCGAUCAAAAGGGUGUCAAGAUGCAGGAGCUGGGGUGGGAAAAGUACUUUGAGCAGAUGUAG